GGCCUGAGGAGAUUUGGAAAGAAUUUGUACGCCAAAUGGUUUAGAUGGGGUGGAGGAGGGUCAAAGUUCAGCUGCAGAACGGAGAGAUCCAGGGAUGAAGAUCUUUUAAAGCGGGGCCUUGAAGGACGAUUGGGGAGAAAUGCAGACUUGACGCUGAUUGGUGGAGCAGAGCCGCAUUGAAGAGUAAUUAGACAAAGCUGGAGAUGAUGCUUGACUCCAGCGGCGAUGCCCCACCGUGCACCCGCACCCACAUCCAGCCUGCACCGUGUGCUGCGCAGAGAACCGGAGAAGCUCCGCAGUGGGAAUCAUGCAGGACAUUGUGUUGAUGCGGCUGUUUGUUUAGGUCUGAGUGGCCUCAGCAGGCAAGGACAACCUGGAGACAUCCACCUUCCUCCCCAUCACUCUAUCCGUUCUGCUGGCUGCUCACCGAGGCUGCUGCUGGCAUCAUCUAUGUACUGUAUGUUUGGAUAGGGACCUGUUUACCGAGUGUUAUCUGACUGAAGAAAACAUCUGACGGCAAUCAUGAGCAGUACUGUCUUUCCACAGCAGGCUGCCCUCUCUGUUCUGGAGCAGCAGAAGGUGAAGCAAGAAGGAGGUGGCCCUCUUGCCUGUCAGAACUGUGAGAAGCCCUGUAAGGGGGAGGCUCUCCGAGUUCAGAACAAACACUUUCACAUAAAGUGUUUCGUCUGCAAACUAUGUGGUUGUGAACUUGCCCAAGGAGGCUUUUUUGUGCGCCAGGGUGAAUACAUCUGUACUCUGGACUACCAGCGGCUGUAUGGGACUCGCUGCUUCAGCUGCCAGGACUUCAUUGAGGGGGAGGUGGUGUCAGCACUAGGGAAGACCUACCAUCCCCGCUGUUUCGUCUGCGUCUUAUGCAAACAGCCGUUCCCAGCUGGUAACCGAGUGACCUUUAAUGGAAAGGAGUGUAUCUGCCAGAAGUGUACCCAGCCCCUGCCUGCCAACAGUCCUGCUCCCAUACAGGCUGUCCACAACUGCUGUGGUUGUGGGAAGGAAUUUAAGAAUGAACAGUCUCUUGUUGCUCUGGACAAGCACUGGCACCUGGGCUGCUUCAAGUGUAAAGUGUGCAGCAAGGUGCUCAAUGCUGAGUACAUCAGCAAGGAUGGGAUCCCCUUCUGUGAGAUGGAUUACCAUGCCAUGUUUGGCAUCCAGUGUGAGAGCUGUAAGAAAUACAUCACUGGAAAAGUACUGGAGGCCGGAGAGAAGCAUUACCACCCCACAUGUGCACGAUGUGCCCGCUGUGAGAAAAUGUUUGGAGAAGGAGAAGAAAUGUAUCUGCAGGCUACCCACCAUAAGGCCUCCUGCUGUUGGCUGCUGGCUGAGCACUCCUCCUCCUGCUGCACCUCUUUACAUCCACGACUGGCUUCCUCCUUUCUGCACUACCUGUCUGCCCAGCAUCGCAGCCAUCCGAGCCCUCUGGAUUGCACCUACGAUGCAGGAUCAUCUAUCUGGCAUCCCCCAUGCAGACAAGCAGCCAAGCAGGAGGAGAAGAGUAAGGUGACCCGGACUUCUUCUGAGAGUAUCACUUCUGUCCCUGCAUCUAGUGCCUCUGGCUCGCCCAGCCGAGUCAUCUAUGCCAAACUGGGAGAGGAGAUGCUGGACUACAAGGACCUGGCAGCACUACCAAAGACCAAGGCUAUCUAUGACAUUGACAGGCCUGACUUGCUUUCCUAUUCUCCUUAUAUCAGCUACCCAUCUGAAGAGAGGCACUAUGAAGAGGGUGAUGGGGAGAAGUCACCCUGUCAGCAGAGGCCCUCCAGCCCCAGCUCCAACAGCCCUCUAGGGGGGUACGGACGGUACACCCCAUCCCGUUCCCCUCAGAAUUACAGCAGAGCAGGACCAGAGGUACACAUGGGUGGUAAAUACAGCAGCCUGGCCCGUGACUCCAGUUCUCUCUCUUCACCUAUACCCCACCUGGGUGGUGUUCAGAACCCCUCCAUGUUGACAAGGGAUACCUCCUCCCUCCCUGCGUACUAUUCUGGCAGGGCUGACGGGAGCGGUGGUGCUGUAGACAUUGGCAAGUACUCACCUUCACAACCAAGUGGCAGUGGAAACUUGUCUUUGCAGCUGAACCCCACCACCUUGGCAAUGCUUCGGCAGCACAACUACGUCCCUUAUUUCAAAGGGUUCAAACUGGACCCCACACCCGGUCCUAAGCCUAGGACAUCCCUUCACCUCAAUUUAGCACCUCCUAACGGUAGUGAAAGUGGUCGGAGUACACCAAACUUAUCCACCUACUCUGAUGGCAAAUCCCCCUCAUCUACUUCAACAUACGUGGCUGCUCCCCGGCAUUUCCACAUACCAGAGACUAUGGUCAAAGAUAAUAUCUAUAGAAAACGCCCCAUCUACAAACAGCAUGCUUCUAGAACAUCCUGGCAGGAAGGUGAUGGUGGCAAGAGAACAAGUUGGAUGAUCUUGAAAAGUGAGAUUGAUAGUCAGAUUCCUCCAGAAGAUCUAGAUCCCUGUAAAUCCACCUGCAGUCUCCCAACUGACACAUCCCAGCCAAAUUUCCCCUACAACAAAUCUGCAUCAUUACCCGGGUAUGGAAGGAAUGGUAUCUUUAAGACUGCAAGAAUGGUGGAAGAUGAAGUGGACCCUGACUCCCAGAGCUGGGUAGGGAUGAGAGAGUACAAGAUAUACCCCUAUGAAAUGCUAGCAGUGACACAUAAAGUGAAAGUGAAGCUUCCCAGAGAUGUAGAUCGCACCAGACUGGAGAGACAUUUAUCUCCCAACGAGUUUCAGCAGGUUUUCGGAAUGACGCUGGAGCAGUUUGACCGCUUGGCUCUGUGGAAGAGGAAUGAUAUGAAGAAGAAGGCCCGUCUGUUUUAGAUCAUAAUUAAAAUAAUUGCCACAACAUCUUAACUAAAAUCUAGAAGGAAGCAGAAAAUAAUAGCAGAAAUAUCUGUAUUUUACCCAAACCUUGUGGCUGUAAAUCUCCAUGUCAUCUGCCUUUGGAGCUCCAUAGAGGCACCCUGUGUAGGGUUUUUACAUCAUUGGAUUUGACUAUGUGUAGCUUUUUGUAUGCAGUUUGGUGUGAAUGUUUGACUGGAAAUCCCAGACAAGAGGAAAAGGAGUUGUGUUUGCAUGGUCUGUGUUUUUUCUCCCUUAUCUCCUGUGAGGUUCUGCAUCCACCCAGGGGCUCUCCUGAGGCUUCCGUAAAUUGGGACAAAAAAAGAAGAACUACUCUUUCCAAUUCCUGUGCAGGCCUUCCACCAGGUUCUCUGUGGUUCUGGUUGUUUUAUGUGGGCCUACCUUUUCAGACAUGACCUGUUUUGUUUUUCUUUCUCCGGUUUGUUCUCUAUUCUCAAACCGUUCAUCUUGUCUCCUUUUACUACAUGUAUUUGCUACACUGCGUUUUUUUCUGUAGCUUUGUCCCCUGCCUGUCCUAACUCACUGUUACAUUUCCAAAUAAGUUUAUCUGUUUUACAUCAUUGUCAUUACCUUUAGGCUUAGAUUACUGUAUCAUUGUAAUUUCUAACUGUUCCAGAAUGUCAACGCCAAAGACUGGGUUAAAAAAACUGGAUUGACUCCGAUGUUGGAAUUUGUCAGGAACUGAUGAAAAGCAUCUUCACAAAUGCUUCUGUUUUUUUUUUUUUUUUACUUUACCUCAUCUUCUUCUUGUUUCAUAUCUUUCAAACCCAUGAAUCAACAAAGACAGAUAAGGAGUGGAUAGCAACCACAAGCCAAGAAAAAGUUGUCUUUAAAGAUCUCAAACAAGCAGCAUUUCCAGAGUGACAUGAACUCACAAAAAUACUUUUAUAAGCUAUUCUCAGAAGAAUCUUUAAACCUGUCACAAGGUGGAGUUGAAGUAAAUUUCAAAUGUGUUAUUGGCCAUGCUCCCAUUGUCUUUGCUGUCACAUUUAUGCAACUCAAGUGAGGCCUGGCCUGAUUGAAAACCCAAUACUCUGACAGAGUUUUGUGUCCCCUGCUAGUUUUACCUCUUUAUUGUUUGCAUGACUUCCUGCAUACAGAAAGACCUACACAUUUCAACUGAAUCCCAUUAGCUUUGCUGGAUUUUACUGGACCACGAACUGAUAUUCUCAUCAUGAUCAUAUGCAGGAUUUAUGUUUAAAUAUACUAAAUAUAUACCAGAUUUAUCUAUCUGUAUACAAGCCGUGGUGUAUCUUUAGGCAUGCAUGAGGAUGAUAAAAUGGGGUUUCUCUAAUAGCCUUGUAUUAGAAACAUAUGAAAACAUCGUCAUCAAUGUUGUCUGAAUGAUUGGUUAUUUUAUAGUCAUAUAAAAUGCCUGAAUUCGCUGCUUACCUUUGCUUGUUUAAGAUAUUUAUUUCAAUACAACAUUAUGCAGAUUAUUUAAUUUGAAAUUUUUAGGGUGUGGUGGCAAAUGCAUUAGCAUCUCACAAUACAGUUGGAGACGUACCACAUUUUGAGUUUAACCUGAGCGUCAGAUCAAAUGUUUCUCCUGUAACACAAUAACCCCUGUCUUUAUGUUGAAUUUCUAAUAUCAGUCUGCUAUUAAAAUGCUUUAACCAGA